GCAUUAACUUGACAAUUUCAUACUAAAGUUGGAAAAUAUAUAUAAAGUUAUAAAGUAGGCAAAAGUGCAAGGACUUGAUACCGAAGUCUAUAGAAGCUUUCAGAGGAGACGCAAACCAAAGGACAAUAUGGAAUACAUUUGGCUGUUUUUCUGCACAUUUAUUUGCAUACAUCAUAAUCUAGUCUCCAGUACGUCAACAAUUACAACUGUAGAAGCCACACCAACGUUAACAGUCAGCAUAACUUCUUCCAGUACAGUUACAACUAUCGCUGCCACAUCAACACCAUCACCAACAGUCUCCAGUACCGUUGCAACUAAUGCAGCCACAUCAACACCAUCACCAACAGUCUCUAGUACAGCUGAAACUAUUGGAGCCACAUCAACACCAUCACCAACAGUCUCCAGUACGGUUACAACUAAUGCAGCCACGUCAACACCACCACCAACAGUCUCCAGUACGGUUGAAACUAUUGGAGCCACAUCAACACCAUCACCAACAGUUUCCAGUACGGUUACAACUAAUGCAGCCACGUCAACACCAUCACCAACAGUCUCCAGUACGCUUACAACUAUUGAAGACACAACUCCAUCACCAACAGUCUCCAGUACGGUUGAAACUAUUGGAGCCACAUCAACACUAUCACCAACAGUCUCCAGUACGGUUACAACUAAUGCAGCCACAGCAACACCAUCAUUAACAGUUCCCAGUACAGUUACACCAUCACCAACAGUCUCUAGUACUGUUGAAACUAUUGGAGCCACAUCAACACCAUCACCAACAGUCUCCAGUACGGUUACAACUAAUGCAGCCACAACAACACCAUCACCAACAGUCUCCAGUACGGUUACAACUAAUGCAGCCACAUCAACACCAUCACCAACAGUCUCCAGUACGGUUGAAACUAUUGGAGCCACAUCAACACCAUCACCAACAGUUUCCAGUACGGUUACAACUAAUGCAGCCACAACAACACCAUCACCAACAGUCUCCAGUACGGUUACAGCUAUUGCAGCCACAUCAACACCAUCACCAACAGUCUCCAGUACGCUUACAACUAUUGAAGCCACAACUCCAUCACCAACAGUCUCCAGUACGGUUGAAACUAUUGGAGCCACAUCAACACUAUCACCAACAGUCUCUAGUACGGUUACAACUAAUGCAGCCACAACAACACCAUCAUUAACAGUUCCCAGUACGGUUACAACUAAUGCAGCCACAACAACACCAUCACCAACAGUCUCCAGUACAGUUACAACUAAUGCAGCCACAACAACACCAUCACCAACAGUCUCCAGUACGGUUACAAAUAAUGCAGCCACAACAACACCAUCACCAACAGUCUCCAGUACAGUUACAACUAAUGCAGCCACAACAACACCAUCACCAACAGUCUCCAGUACGGUUACAACUAAUGCAGCCACAACAACACCAUCACCAACAGUCUCCAGUACGGUUACAACUAGUGCAGCCACGACAACACCAUCACCACCAGUAUCCAGUAUGGUUACAGCUACUGCAGCCACAUCAACAACAUUACUAACAGUCUCCAGUACGGUUACAACUACUGCAGCCACAUCAACACCAACGUUAGCAGUCAUCACAACCCUCUUCAGCAUUAAAACAAAUGGAAACACCACACUACCACCAGACAGCACAAGAGGAAACACCACACUACCACCAGACAGCACAAGAGGAAACACCACACUACCACCAGACAGCACAACAGGAAACACCACACUACCACCAGACAGCACAACAGGAAACACCACACUACCACCAGACAGCACAACAGGAAACACCACACUACCACCAGACAGCACAAGAGGAAAAACUACACUUCCACUAGACAGCACAAACAAUUCAGAACAGACCACACAACCAGGUAGAUCAUUUCAUUGGACUAUAAUCAUCAUUGUUCCUUCAAGUCUUGGAGGCGGCUGUGCAAUAAUUGUUAUUGUUGGAGUAUGUUACAUAUCAAAGAAAAAAAGAGUACCCCGCAUACAUCCAGAGGCAACAGCUUCAGAAGCUUAAAUAAUAUUCUAUACUCUAUGAUACUAUGUACAAAAAAACUUUUAACCCAGAAUAUGUUGUAGUAGUAAUAGCAUAAGUUGUUUGCAACAUUGCUUUAACUUAAUGAAUUGGAUAUUUUGACCACAUUUUGACCACCAGGCAGGAGGUAAUACAGUUGAAUGAACUAUGGUUUGAUAUGAAAUAACCAAGUGAAGAUCCUGCAACACCUACAAAAUACUGUUGCCCGCCUAAUAGAACAUCAAGGACGCGUAAAUUUGAUAACAUCUCCCCAGUGCUUGCAGACCUUCAUUGGUUACCAGUGCAGCAACGGAUACAAUACAAGGUGUUGGUCCUGGCAUACAAGACAGCACAAUCUUGCGCCUGGUUGCCUAUCUGAGCUUGUGUAGAUUUACCAGCCCACAAGAGCUCUUAGGUCAGGUGCCCAAAGUAAGCUCGUGGUUUCAAAAACUACAACAUCCACCUAUGGCAGGAGAGCUUUUACUGUCGCAGCUCCAACUUUGUGGAACUCCAUACCAAUGUCCAUCAGCCAGUGUGCUACUUUAAACUAUUGAAAGACCAAGCUAAAGACCUUUAUUUUCCAUCAAUUUUUUCACUAAUUUAACAUUGCAUCCUUCUGUUUUUUUAUGUACAGUGCAUUGACAGCUUGCUUGAUAAAUAUUUGAAUUUGGCGCAUAUGAAUGUUUGUUGUUAUUAUUAUUAAUUAUUAUUAUUAUUAUUAUUAUUUUUAUUAUUAAUAUUAUUAUAAGAAUCAACUAUUAUUAUUAUUAUUAUCAUUGAAAGUACAGUAAUAUCAGUGGAGGAGGAAAUAUACGAACUUGUCCUAGGCAGCGGUGUAGCCAGAAAUUUAAGGACAA